UGUAAACAAACUGACAGCCGGGUUGCCAGGUUUCCAGGUUGCCACCGAAAUAUAAUCCCCCGAGAUGUCCUACCAGAACUGGCUGAACUACCUGCAGUCGGCGGAGAAGAACUCCAUGAUGAGCGGGCGGGCACGCAAGGUGCUCUAUAAGUUUCCGGACGGCAGGCAAAUGGCCGAGGAGUACAACAUGGACACGGGAAUCGUGCAGAGGAGGGCCUGGAAGUCCAAGAGCAACAAGAUAAUGGGCGAGUCGGACUGGGAAAUCGAACUGGGCGAGGAGCCCCGUCAGCUGAAUUGGUCGGGAAACAAAUCUCAGGGCGUUGGCGACGAUGCAGACUCGAUUUCUGGCGGGGAUUUCACCCUGCGGGAGAGCAACACUGCUCCCCUCCUCACCAAACGGAUCACCAAGAAGAACAUCGAGUGGCGCAUCCGCAACAUGCCAUAUUCCCUGGACAUCUACAAUGUAACCGCCGAUCCUGAAAAGCGCGCCAUAAUCGUGCGCACCUCGAACAAGAAGUACUACAAAGUGAUCCCCAUUCCGGACCUGGACCGCUGUGGGGUCAAACCCGCGCAGGAGAGCCUCUCUGUGCACCACCAGUUCAACACCCUGAUUAUAACUUACCAGAAGCCAGCCAUCCUCUGCGAAAUGGAGGCCCAGGUCCUGCUCCUACUCAAAAAUGUCGAAACCGAAACGGACAUGGAUGACCUGCUCAAGGGUCUGAUGGCCAAAUAAAUGACGUAGAUCGUACAAGUA